AGGUCCUGGAGCUCCCGCGGGGCAGCGGGCUCGGAGGCGGCCGGGACUGAGGCCUCUCUCUUUUCCAGGCGCCGCAGUAAGUGGGACCAGCCCGGCCCGGCCCCCGCUUUCCUUCUCCCCGGCACGGCGCCGCUGCCUGGGCGCCCGUUUCCCGGCGGCGGAGAUGGUGGCUCCGCUGUGGCGGGCUCCGAGAGCUCCGCAGCCCCCUCGGGAGCGCUGGAUGCGGCCGCGGCCGUGGCCGCGAAAAUCAACGCGAUGCUAAUGGCCAAAGGGAAACUGAAGCCGGCGCCCAGCACGGCGGACAAGCUGCAGGCUCUGGGAAAAGGUCCGGCUACAAGUAAAAGCAAAGAUGACCUCGUGGUGGCAGAGGUGGAAAUCAACGAUGUCCCCCUCACAUGCAGAAACCUGCUGACGAGAGGACAGACUCAGGAUGAGAUAAGUCGGCUGAGUGGAGCAGCUGUCUCUACUCGAGGGAGAUUCAUGACUGCAGAAGAGAAAGCAAAAGUGGGACCCGGGGAGCGUCCUUUGUAUCUUCACGUCCAGGGUCAGACACGGGAAUUGGUUGACAGAGCUGUUAACCGAAUUAAAGAGAUAAUUACUAAUGGAGUAGUGAAAGCAGCCACCGGUUCUAGUCCGACGUUCAAUGGAGCUACAGUUACUGUCUAUCACCAGCCAGCCCCCAUUACUCAGUUGUCUCCAGCAGUUGGCCAGAAACCUCCAUUCCAGUCAGGGAUGCAUUAUGUUCAGGACAAGUUGUUUGUUGGUCUGGAACAUGCUGUACCUACAUUUAAUGUGAAGGAGAAAGUGGAAGGGCCUGGUUGCUCCUACUUGCAGCACAUUCAAAUUGAAACGGGUGCUAAAGUCUUUCUUCGUGGGAAAGGCUCAGGUUGCAUAGAACCGGCAUCAGGCAGAGAAGCUUUUGAACCCAUGUAUAUCUACAUCAGUCACCCAAAGCCAGAAGGUUUGGCAGCUGCUAAAAAGCUGUGUGAGAAUCUAUUGCAAACUGUUCAUGCCGAAUACUCCCGAUUUGUAAAUCAGAUAACCACUGCAGUACCCUUAGCAGGCUUUGCGCAGCCUGCCACUAUAAAUAGUGUCCCUUCACAGCCAUCGUAUUACCCUUCCAAUGGGUAUCAGUCUGGUUAUCCUGUUGUUCCCCCUCCUCAACAACCAGUUCAGCCACCUUAUGGUGUACCAGGCAUAGUACCACCUGCAGUGCCAUUGGCACCUGGAGUCUUAACAACACUACCUACAGGAGUUCCACCUGUGCCAACACAGUAUCCAAUAUCUCAAGUACAGUCUCCAGCCAGCACUGGCCAGAGUCCACUGAGUGGUCCUUUUCUUCCUGCUGCCCCAGUAAAAACAACCAUGCCGACUGGUACACAGCCACAAGUCCAACCCCAUCCCCAAGGUCAAAAGAGACGCUUCACUGAGGAACUACCGGAUGAGAGAGAGUCAGGACUGCUGGGAUAUCAGCAUGGACCCAUUCAUAUGACUAAUUUAGGUACAGGCUUCUCCAGUCAGAGUGAAAUCGAUGGAGCCGGAUCGAAGCCAGCAAGUUCCUCAGGAAAGGAGAGAGAGAGGGACAGGCAGUUGAUGCCUCCGCCAGCUUUUCCUGUCACUGGGAUGAAAUCAGAAUCUGAAGAAAGAAAUGGUGCGGGGUCUUUACCAGGCAACCAUGAUCAUCAAGCUAAGAAGAUGAAAACUGCAGAAAAGGGCUUUGGAUUAGUGGCAUAUGCUGGAGAUUCAUCGGAUGAAGAGGAGGAACAUGGUGGCCAUAAAAACGCAAGUACUUUUUCACAGGGAUGGAGUUUGGGAUACCAGUACCCUUCCUCACAACAGCGAGCUAAACAACAGAUGCCAUUUUGGAUGGCACCGUAAAAGCUGCAGAAGAGUUUUCAUUCAUCCUUUUUUUCCCUCUAGCAAUAAUGCAUGUAUAUUACAGAAUGAACUUUGCAAAUACGCAUUGUUUUUACUUUUGCAGAAGCUAAAGGUUCAGUGUUCCCCCUUGAAAGGGCUCUAUUAUUUUUAAAAUCCCUAUUUCUGCAGUGAAUUUGUCAAUUAAAAAAAA